UGAUUGAAGACGUUCACGUUUGCCAAUUGCUUUAUUUCGAGUGUAAACAUCAAGUCGUACGUGCUACAUUUUCGUUGAUGCAAAAGUUCAAAUUGAAGGCCAACGUUUUAUUUUCUUUAAAUUAUUUAUGUAUUAGACAAUUUUUCAUUUAAUAAUUAUGUGCACAUUCAAAGUUUAAAAUCAGAAAGAAUACGCGAAGUUUUUUGUUGCUAAUAAUUUCAAAACUUAUACGAUUCAGCUGUUCUGUUGAUUUUUUAAUCAUUUCUCGAACAGUUCUAGUGAGAAAAGAUGAAGUUUUCAUUAGUCUUAUUUUGUGUGUGCCUUGUCAUUGGAAUUCAAGCAAGAGUAAAGAAAGAAGAAAAUGGAGUCUGGACUAAGUUUUAUCAAUAUGUCAAGAAUGACGACGUAAAUGGGGUUGACCAACUGAUUGAAAGUGAAUUGAACGUCAACGCAAGCUAUAUCGACGGAUCCACGUCUCUUCAUUACGCUGUGGAAAGGGAUUCAACAAAAAUUGUCAAUCUGCUCAUCGCAAAAGGAGCCAAUGUUAAUGCGGCAAAUAUAAAUAAUAUUACGCCACUGCAUGUAGCUGCAUAUUAUGGUACAACGCAAAAUGCAAAACUUCUCAUUGAUCACGGGGCCGAUGUUAAUGCAAAUAAUAAUAUCAAUUUAUUGACGCCGCUCCAUUACGCUGUAGAAAAAGGUCAUAAGGACGUGAUCCAACUGCUCAUUCAUAACGGGGCUGACGUUAAUGCAGAAACUAACAAUCAAUGGACGCCAAUCUACUAUGCUGUAUAUUCUGGUAAAAUGGAUGUAGCAGAACUGCUCAUUCAAAAUGGGGCUGAAGUUAAUGCAGAAACUGCAGAUAAAUGGACGCCGUUACAUUGCGCUACAGAAAAAGGUGAUGGGGAUAUUGCCAAACUUUUAAUCAAACAUGGUGCAAAUAUAAGUGCACAAACUGAUGAGAAAUGGACGCCAAUCCUUUACGCUACACUAAAUGGUCAAAAAGAUUUGGUACAGCUUCUCAUUAAUUAUGGUGCUGAUGUUAAUGUAGCGAAUGAAAAAAAUGUAACGCCAUUACACUUUGCUGCACAGAAUGCUAAUGUGGAUAUAACCGAACUUCUUAUUAAAAACGGCUCUGAUGUUAAUGCAGAAACUGCAGACAAAUGGACACCACUACAUUAUGUCGCAAAUAAUGGCUUCAAUCCAAACAAUCCACAGAGAAAUGAGCAAAGUAUUAUAGGUGUAAUCGAUCUACUACUUAAAAAUGGGGCUAAUGUUAUUGCAGAGGAUAACGAUAAACUGACGCCCCUCGAUAUAGCUGUAAAAUAUGAUAAAAAGGAUAUUAUCAGAUUUUUCGUUGAACACGAGGUCAAUUCGGAAAAACAAACCCCACUUCAUGUGGCUGCAAAAGAAGGUAACAUAAAUGGGAUCAAGCUCCUCAUUGAACACGGUGCCAAUGUCAAUGCAGAAGAUAAAAAUAAAUCGUCGCCACUGCAUUACGCAGCAGAAGAAGGCAGAACAGAAGUGAUGGAAAUUUUAAUUCAGAACGGAGCCAACAUGAAUGCAAAAAAUAUUAAUGGAAAAACUCCCCGUGACUUGGCUUCAGGCAAAGGUUCUGUAAAACAUGCAUUUGAAAUAGCAGCACAGGAAAAGAUUGAAUCGGACAUAACUGAAAUACGCCAAGCAAUCAAGAAAUUGGGUACUCCAUCGUCACUGCAAAUAACAAUUAUUUCGCUCGACGUUGUUUUGGUCAUGUUGUGCAUAAUUAUAUUUAUGAUAGUUGGCGCACAAAUGUACUCCACCAUUCGAAAGAAGGGAAAAAGAUCUUUAGUGUGAUAUGCAGGCAGAAAAAUUCAGCUUGGAUACUACAGAAAUUCAUAUCAUUAAAUUUCGAUCGUUAAAUACUACAUCCUCU